AUGUGCUAUAAUCUUCCAUCUAACCAUCGUCGCCUUCUUAAAGACUUGAUCGGGGUAGGCGGAUGCUCAAGGUUUAGGGUUUUCCAAAAUAGGAUCCGCAUCAAAGAUCUGUUCAUGGAGUCGGAUACAGAACCUAAGAAUAUGAUGAUUGAGCAUGAUGUUUCAAAUAGCAUGCAGAUUGAUCCAACAAAAGCUCGAUUUCCAUGUUGUAUAGUGUGGACUCCUCUUCCAGUUGUUUCUUGGCUCCUCCCUUUUGUUGGUCAUGUUGGAAUUGGGCGUGAAGAUGGAGUGAUUGUGGACUUUGCAGGACCUAAUUUUGUGUCAGUAGAUAACUUCACAUUUGGGGGUGUAUCUCGCUAUAUCCAAAUAACCAAAGAAAAGAGUCCAAUCACUCGACAUCCUUCCACCACAUAUAGAACCGAAGAAGAAUUUAAGCUUGUAGAAUCAGGAAGAAACCAAUACACAUGGGAUGAAUCCUUGAAAAAAACAACACAAGAAUACCAAAAGCAAAUUUAUAGCAUUUUAACGUGCAAUUGUCACUCAUUUGUGGCCAAUCAUCUUAACCGAAUGGAAUCGGGGCCCACAUCCGGAUGGAAUGUGGUGAAUGUGGCGGCUUUGGUUUUGUUGAAGGGUAAAUGGGUAAAUACACAAUCGAUGAUAAGAUCUUAUUUGUCGUUUAUGGUUAUGUUCUUCUUGGGUGUUACAUUUGGAGGUGCUAAUUUUCUAACGUUUUUGGCGUUUGUUGUGUUUGUUUUGUUUGGGUGGUAUGUUUGUGGUACGUAUUAUUUUAAGAACUUUAUACAACUUUAGUAGGUUUGUUGUUGUGGAAAUAUUGAUUACAAGAGAUACUAUUUUGUUGUGUUUAUAGGUCUAG